ACAUUGUUUUGUUAUGCAGUGUAUCUGUAUAUGCGGCUGCGGUAUUGAAGUUGUUGGAAGUUUUGUAGCAUUUCUCAUUCCUGAUUUAUUUUCUGAUUGGUGGGUCGAAAAUAAAUAUCCCUAUUUUAAAGUCGGGUACAUGGUUACUAAAAACGUGUUAAAUUACAAAUAAUCUCAAUUCAAGUUACAGUGUAGGAGCACAUAACCUAAUUUCUAAAUUCCAGUGAUAAUUUUGGAACGAUAUUAAAUAGUACCAAGAUGGAUGAUUAUGCCCAAAUACAGAAACGUGCAGAUACUGUUGGAAAGAAAUGGUAUAGACAUGCAAAACAAAGAAUAUUUGUUAACAGAAGCCUCCACUUGGAAAAUAUUAAAUUCUAUGGAUUUGAUAUGGAUUAUACACUGGCAGAAUACAAAUCGCCACAAUAUGAAAAGUUUGGUUUUGAUUUAAUCAAACAACAUAUGGUCUCCAUUGGGUAUCCACAGGAAAUUUUAGAAUUCGAAUAUGAUCCCACAUUUCCAGUUAGAGGAUUAUGGUUUGAUUCUCUAUAUGGAAAUUUGCUAAAAGUGGAUGCAUAUGGAAAUAUUUUAGUAUGUGUUCAUGGUUUUGAAUUUUUAAAACAUUCAAGGGUGUACGAAUUAUACACAAACAAAUUUCUAAAACUUGACGAAUCAAGAGUUUAUGUAUUAAACACUUUAUUUAAUCUUCCCGAGACAUACUUGCUAGCUUGCUUGGUAGAUUUCUUCACAAACUCAAAGGACUACACUAAAACUGACACAGGAGUCAAAUGUGGAGAAUUAUUAAUGUCUUACAGGUCCAUAUUUCAAGAUGUUAGAAAUGCGGUAGACUAUGUACAUUUGCAUGGAGAUCUUAAAAAACGGACUACAGAAAAUUUGGAAAAGUAUGUAAAAAAGGAUGAGCGUCUUCCCAUGUUCCUUGCUCGAUUACGAGAAAGUGGAGCGAAAACUUUUUUACUGACAAAUAGUGACUAUAAUUUUACUGAUAAGAUUAUGAAUUACCUAUUCGAUUUUUCUCAUGGUCCAAGACCUGAAGAUCCACACAGGAACUGGAAAACUUAUUUUGACAUAGUCGUAGUUGAUGCCCAGAAACCUCUAUUUUUCGGUGAAGGCACAAUCCUCCGUCAAGUGGAUACCACUACAGGUGGACUUCGAGUAGGCGUUCAUACAGGCCCUCUUCAGAAAGAACAUGUAUACUCUGGGGGUUCAUGUGAUGUGUUCACUAAAUUUAUUGGUGCCAAAGGUAAAGACGUUCUUUAUGUGGGAGAUCAUAUUUUCGGUGAUAUCUUGAAGAGCAAGAAAAUCAGGGGUUGGCGUACCUUCCUUAUCAUACCUGAGUUAGUCCGAGAGCUACAUGUGUGGACAGAUAAGUGUCAGCUGUUUAAUGAAUUGCAGAACUUAGAUGUAAAACUUGGAGAAAUGUAUAAAAAUUUAGACAGCAGCACAAAGGAAAAACCAGAUAUAUCAAAACUAAGAGCAGCAAUAAGAGAUGUUACUCAUAAAAUGGAUAUGUCUUACGGGAUGAUGGGAAGCUUAUUUAGAUCUGGAUCAAGGCAAACAUUUUUUUCUUCGCAGGUAGUAAGAUACGCAGAUUUAUAUGCUGCCACUCACCUGAACCUGUUGUACUAUCCAUUCUCAUACAUGUUUAGAGCACCAGCAAUGCUGUUGCCUCAUGAAUCUACGGUAGCACACGAACAACAUUUUGUUACUGAAAUUGUCCCGGAACCAAAUGAUAUCGCAGACGAUGACGACAAAAUAAAUAAAAGAGCCUUGGAAAGAAGUCAAAGUCAAAUACCACAUGUGCGUCCUGCAACACCUCAGUCUGUGACACACAACCACGAUGAAGAUUUCUCUGAUGACGACAGUGAUGACAAGACUGGUAAAAAUAACGAAAAAUCUGAUAAUAUUUAAUAAAUCUAUUAGAUAAUGAUAAUGCUUUAUUGAAUAAAACAAGAUUUAAAGUAUGUACAAAAUAUUGCUAAAGAUUUGUAAAAUACUUUGUUUAUAGUACUUUAAAAAUAUAAAAGCACACAUGAAAUAUAGCUGCAGUUAAUAAUUUUUAAAUCAGAAAACUUGCUCAUUUUAUUACGACUUUUAUAGUACGUCUUAGUAAUAACUACUGUGAGAAAGUGUGAUUUAUUUAAUAACUUUUGUACACAUAGCCAAUUAAAUGUUAAUAAAAAUUGUUGUUCUGAUGUAUUUAUCAUGUUUUCUUUAGAUUGUAUUGUAAAAUAUAGUGAAAGUUAUAAAUAAAUAUUGUUGAUUACAUUU